AUGUGUGAGUAUAUAGUUGGUCGACGUCUUCCACCCAGAGAACGAGUUCGUGUUGUCACACCUUCUCCGCCAGAUCCCCCCCCUCCGUCAGCUGUCCGUACUCCCGAGCCAGCACCACCUCCGCCCGUUCCUGCGAACAUUGCACCUUUCAGCUGCUGUCAUCAUCGACGCCGGAGCCGAAGCAGAUCGCGUUCCCCUCGUCGAGUCGUUACAUUGCACGUUAACGACUUCGAUACGUCGGGCGACGAAUCGAGUGGAGAGGAUAGUGCCGACGACUCGCCACCACCAUUGAAGUCCGCCUUGAACAUACCCGACAAGCUUCAUACUGACGGACCCAGGACUCUCUCGUUGCAUUGGGAAGAGUGCGAAUGCGCGACCUGUAUCAAGCUGGUUCUCGGCGCAGUGAAGGAGGAGAAUAUCAAGAAGAAGCAGGCUAGCGCUGACAAGAUUGAGGAAAGUAAAAAAUCUGAAGACCACGCCUGCACCGAAGAGCCGAAGCAGGAAUCGAAGCAAGAGUCAGAGCAGAACUCGAAUCAGGAGUCGAACCAGGACUCGAAACAGGAAUUGGAAAAUUCCAAAAAGCACAGCAAUCAAGGCAAUCAGGGACAUUUCAAACAGCAAAACAAGAACCAGAGCCAGCGAGGUCAGCAAAAGAAAAAUAAGGGUGAAGCCAAAAACCAGCGACAAAGUAACCAAGGCAACCAAGGACACUCGAAUCAGCAAAUCAAGGGCACAGCACAAAGUCAGUCACAGGGACCUCCGAUUCAGGAUAACCAUAACAACCAAAAUCGAAGCCAAAGUAAUUGGAACGAUCAAGGGAAUCCGCAUCACCAGAACAGAGACCCAACCCAGAGCCAGUCACGGGGAUCUCCGACCCAGGAUCACCAUAAUAACCAGAAUCGAAGCCAAAGUAACCAGAGCAACCAAGGACAUUCGUACCAGCAAAACAAGAACCAGGCCCAAUACAGAUUUCAAGAACAAAGUAGCCAGAACCAAUGGAUUAACGGUCCAGAUCAGAGAACCCAGGGACCUCCUCAAAAGACCGUUCAUUUUUCAAGUCCCAUGCCACAUUACCAACAUACGUAUCAGGCUCCUUCUUCAUAUUCACGAGCUACCUUGCCGGACAACUUUUCGGUGCCUUCCAACGGAACUCGCCCGCAACCACUUCUACCUCUGAAGGUAGCAGCAAUGGGUAACGGUGGACGUUUGCUCAUGGCGUCGAGGGCUGAUGUCGUCCUGAGAGAGGAUGUUAUCGAAUGUCCCUCCGAUCCGCGCCCGAAUGCGUUCUUUGAUAUGAACUCUCGAAUUCUUCGCGUCUAUCAUGGUCCCAUGUAUGGCAACCCGUUCUCCAGUGUUGUUGUUCCUCUCAAAAUGGGCGUUGGAUCUACAUCUCACACUCCUCACUUCAACGGCCCGCCCCGCACUCCUAUCUUGAAAUUUAACAAUGCCAAUAAAGGUCACAGCCAUAGCGGCAGCCAGGGCGGUGGCCCCCCUCUCACUCCUCAGCAAAGCUUCCAGCAGGCCAAUCAUUCGGAAAACCAAAGCAACAUGGGAAAAUCGAGAAACUCUCCGGGACAAUGUGGAUGUGGUAACUCACAGAACGGAUGUAAUACAGUACCGGUCAAUGACGGAUGGGGUGGUCAGGAUCUCUCAAACAACAACUCAAAUACGUGGGGAAACUCUCAGAAUGGAGGCAAUGCUGCACAAGCCAAUGACGGAUGGGGUGGAGAUAACAACACUGCACAACCCAACGUCCCUGGCGCGUGGGUUAACGACUCGUCCAACCAGAACAAGGAGUCCGGCUGGGGUGGCAACGAUACGUCGAACAGCCAACAACAGUCUGCAGACCAGAAUACUGGCUGGGGAGACUCUUCGAAUAACCAGCAAAAUGGCCAAAAUGAGUGGGAUACCAACAAUUGGGACAAUGGCGGCCAGAGCAACCACACAAACAAGAAUAACAACGCCAAUUCGUCAAGUUGGGGAGGUCAAAACGGGCCCGAUAACAACCAACCAAACAACUCAUCUAGUUGGGGAGACAAAAACCAGGAAUCUAAUGGGAAGUCAGAUUGGGGAGGAGAUAAUACCCAGGCAUCAACCAAACCCGGUUCGAUGCAGAACAACUCCAAUAAUGACUGGAACGCGCCUCCGAAUAAUGCAGUAUCUGGAAACCAAAACGGUGGUAGCAACUCGAACUGGGGCGGUAAUGACAAUUCGAAUAAUGUUCGCCAGUCGAAUAAUCAACCGAAAAACUCGGGCUGGGAUAAUGGCAACUCCAAAAACAAUCAAUCGAAUAGAGAUAACAAUAACGGCGGGUUCGGUAAAUCUUGGCAGAAUGGAGGCAAUGGGGGUGGUGGAAAUGGUGGAGGGAACAGCUGGGGAAAUGUAGGAACACCGAAGAACAACUACGCUACUCCAGCCUGGCAAAGCGGAGGCAACGGAAACUCUGGCUGGAACAAUAACUCAGCUCCGGCUGGGAAGAGUGGAAGUCCUGGAAAUGGGUGGGGAAAUGGGUGGGGAGACGGCGAUGCUCCAAACAAUAACAGUAACGCUGCCCCAGCUUGGCAGAAUGGAAGCGGCGGAAACUCUGGCUGGAAUAACAACAACUCAGCUCCGGUUGGUCAAAACGGAGGCAACGGACCCAAUAACAACCCACCCGCCAAGCCCUGGGAGAGCAAUGGCACCAGCAAUCCGGGAGGAAAUAAUGGUGGAGACUCCUGGGGUGACUCUUGGGGUGGCAAGACAAAUAGGGGUUGGUGA